AUGUACUUUGGCCUUUUUGCCUCGAGCUCGUGCUGUGCUUUGGGAUAUCCGUGUUCAGAUGAAACUCUGGUGCUCCUGGCGUUCCGUGCUACGUGCGCCGGGUAUUUCAUCUGUAAUCUGGUUGGCCUCCUGCUUGGCGCUUGUGAGACCUCCCAUCACAUCCUCCGGGCAGGUCUCUUGAUCAAUUCGCUGUCCUCCUGGCUGGUGUCAGCUUACUGGUGCGUCGGCUUUGGCGAGUGGUGCAUUCUGAUGCUCUGCGAGCAUGCCUUCGUGGCUUUUGGGAGCAUGGUGCUGGUCCACAGCAAUGUUCAUCUUCAUCUGAUGUUUACAGCUGCCGGAUCGCUGGUGUGCUAUCUUGCUCGUCGGCAAUCAGCAGCCCAGUCGUACGAGCUUGGCAAGUUCUGGGUCGCCGGAACGGUCACGGUCGUUCUGAUCUUGGUUGGUGGCAUCUUGUACUCUGGCCAUUCAAGCAUCGCUUUCCUCCAGCGGAAGCUUGCUCUCGUGUCGUCCAUCGUCACGGUGUCGGAGAAGGAGCUGGUAAGCGGGGACAGCACCCUCCACACUCCACCGAAUGGAAUGCGGCGGUCGAGCCCAGGUACGCCGACAAGUUCAGAUGUUGACGGCUUGGAGCUCGAGGAGUGCAUAGGUGCCGGAUCCUUUGGCAAGGUCUAUUCUGCGACGUAUCUGGGGAAGAGAGCUGCAGUGAAGAUCAUGAGCUGGGAGGGGGAGCAGCUCAAGCGCAUUGACCCUUUGAGGGAGGCGAAGCUGUGUCUGCGAAUGGUCCACCCGAACCUGGUUCAGGCUUUCGACUUCAUUCACCGCGAUUCCUCAUCCGAGGUCCUUGCGAAGAGGUCUUGGAAUGAGAUUUGGAUCAUCCAGGAGUGGUGCGACCGUGGGACCCUCUGCAAGUACUGCAAUACCCCGCGAUUCGAUGAGACGGGCUUGAGGCACCGGAGAUUCGGGACAAGCCUGAAGCUGCAUGUGGUUGUGGAGGGAGGUACGGUGGUCAACCGUGGAAUACGCGGUUUCCGCUGCAUGGUUUCUUCUUGCCACUCCUAUGCAUCCGUUUUCCUGGUGAAAGCUUUGUAG